GUUGUGUGUACCUCUGCUCGCUAACUUAACGGACUUGUAGCUUGUAGCAGCGUCGCAAAUAGUUGCCUUGAAUCCACCUGGAGUUGCUUCCUCCGUCGACGAACAACUUCACUCUUCUCCAGACGGACUCACAAUGCUGUCCUACAUUAUCGGGUUGAUCCGAGGCGGCUUUGACAGCAUCAUCAACCUCAUCUUCAGACUGCUGUUCUCCAAGAGGAGGGCUGCCAUCACCUUAGAGGACCCCAACAUCAAGUAUGCCCUGCGGCUCAUAGACAGACAGAUUGUCAGCCAUGACACCAGGAGGUUCCGCUUUGCUCUGCCUUCUCCUGAACACGUCCUGGGCCUCCCCAUCGGGCAGCAUAUCUAUUUGUCUGCAAAGAUAGACGGGAAGCUGGUCGUGCGUCCGUACACACCGGUGUCCAGUGAUGAUGACAAAGGCUACGUGGACCUGGUGGUGAAGAUUUACUUUAAAGGCGUUCAUCCUAAGUUCCCAGAGGGGGGGAAGAUGAGUCAGUACUUGGAGAGCCUCAAGCUCAACGACACCAUCGACUUCAGAGGACCCAGCGGCCUGCUGGUUUACAAUGGCAAAGGUGUGUUUGCUGUUAAGCCUGACAAGAAGUCUCCAGCUGAGACCAAGACAGCCAAGCAUGUGGGCAUGAUCGCUGGAGGGACAGGGAUCACCCCCAUGCUGCAGCUCAUCACAGCAGUCAUGAAGGAUCCUCAGGAUAAAACAGUGUGCUACCUGCUGUUUGCCAACCAGACUGAGAAAGACAUCCUGCUCAGACCAGAGCUGGAGGAGAUUCAGGUGAACAACCCGGACCGGUUCAAGCUGUGGUUCACCGUCGACAGAGCACCAGAGAACUGGGAGUACAGUCAGGGCUUCAUCAGUGAAGACAUGGUGAGGGAGCACCUGCCACCUCCCAGCGACGACACCGUCAUCCUGAUGUGUGGACCUCCUCCCAUGAUCCAGUUCGCCUGCGACCCCAAUCUGGACAAAGUGGGCCACUCCCACAGCCGCAGGUUCACCUUCUAGGCGUCCGUCCAAACAGAGGAAUCAAGGUUUGGAAGCAUUAAAGCACGCGUAUGGCUGCAGGGGGGUAUUGCACUAUGUACACUAUAUAUAUAAAAUAUAUAUAUAUGUAUAUGUAUGCCAUGAUAUUCAUCAUGCAAAGAAUCACAGCUCGGACCAAUUCAUGUUGGUUUGAUGGAAGGGCAGGGAGCAAAGUGAAUAUAUGAGCUUGGUUGAAGAUGUUUCUGAUGGGAAAGUAAGUUUUUAGACCUUGGGCUUGAAAAUGAGGAUGUGAUUCCAAAUGUGUUGCAAAUGUAUCGUCCUGCUGUGGUCUUAUUUAGGCUUCAAUAUCAGAAGAGUUGAGGUUUACUGGCUGUUUUCUGAGUGCCUUAACACCUGCAAAGCUUAAAAACAAAGUAUUCACUAUUCCGUUAAACCUGUUGUCACGUCCAAGUUGUCGAUAUUUUGCUUAAACAUGUUCACGAGUGUUUUGUUUUUUUCAAUGUAUUGAGGUCACUUUUCUGCAAGAUUGUCUGCUUGUGUUUGAAUAUGCAACAAAGAAAUCAGCUGUUAUUGAUUGUUUUUAUUAUUAUUUUGUAUCAAAAAGCUCUGCAGAACAAAUUAUCAAAAUCGUUUAUCCUCAUUUACAACUGUGUUGUAGCUUCUCUUUGGGUUUGAGGGAGCUUCUACCAAAAGUGAAGACACGUUUACUUUGUCUUGUUUUUAUUACCAAAAACACAACAGAACAAAACAACAUUAUUGAUAUGCACAAAAACAGAGAUUUGGUUAUGUCUUCAUAACAACUUAGACUUUGGUUUCCAUGUUUAUUUUUGUUCAUGCUGUUGACAGAACAGUUGGACGUUUUAGGAGCUGUGCUGAGUGACUGAAACUAGAAUCGGAGGUUGUUAGCUUAGCAUAAAGACUGUUAACAGGAGGAAGCUGCUAGCUCGGCUCUGUCAAAAGCUCAUUAACACGUUAGAUCUCAUUCAUUUAAGUUGUGCAAGACCAAAGAUGUAAAAGUAACAAGUUGUGAUUUUGGGUAGUGUUACGUGCUGUAGCUAGUUUGUGGUGAACCUCACAAAUGACAUGCAACAUAUUGGGCUUUGGUGGAUUUUUUUGAUUUGGGACAGAGCCAGGACAGCACUUUGUCCUGUUUCUAGUCUUCAUGCUAAACUAAUAACCUCCUGGCUAUAGCUUAUAGCUUUCUUUGAAGUGAGGUGUAUGUAUCCUUAGCACUGCUGGCAUGCACAGUGCGGAGAAGCAGACAGGAGGACUGGCAAGCAGGGAGCAAAAAGUCUUUCAGCCACUUAAAAAAAAAAUCAGUUUUAAGUGUAUGCUGUGGGUUGAACAUUUCACUUUGCUGACAGGAAACUGACCCAGUUCCGUUGCUCUCAUCAGAUCCACCACACUGUGUUGACAGAAACGGUCAUUUAGCCUCACAGAACACAG